AAGUGCUUGGGGAGGGCCGCGCAGUCGGACCGGCUGCUGAGACGAAAGCUUCACUGGGGCAGUCUCCGCUUAUCAUGGGGAGAUAGACGCUGCUGCCUUUGAUUGGCCUUGGUCCUCACAGCUCCAAAAAGAAACAGGAUCUUGAUAAGCUCUAUGAGCUGAAGUCCAAAGCUCGGCAGAUUAUGAACCAGUUUGGCCCCUCAGCCCUAAUCAACCUCUCCAAUUUCUCAUCUAUAAAACCAGAGCCAGCCAGCACCCCUCCACAAGGCUCCAUGGCCAAUAGUACCACUGUGGUAAAGAUACCAGGCACUCCUGGGACUGGCGGCCGUCUUAGUCCUGAAAAUAAUCAGGUAUUGACUAAGAAGAAAUUACAAGACCUGGUAAGAGAAGUGGACCCUAAUGAGCAGCUGGAUGAAGACGUGGAAGAGAUGCUGCUGCAGAUCGCUGAUGAUUUCAUUGAGAGUGUGGUGACAGCAGCCUGCCAGCUUGCUCGGCAUCGCAAGUCCAGCACCCUGGAGGUGAAAGACGUCCAGCUGCAUCUAGAGCGCCAGUGGAACAUGUGGAUACCAGGAUUCGGCUCUGAGGAAAUCCGACCCUACAAAAAAGCUUGUACCACAGAAGCUCACAAACAGAGAAUGGCAUUGAUCCGGAAAACAACCAAGAAAUAACACAGGGAACGGUCAGGGAAUGAAUGGACGACAUGUAUUUGGAGAUACUUGAGCUGAGACCUCAGCCAUCUCAUCCUUGGAUUUUUUUUAAAUGCUUUACAGAGAAGCAUAUAUUUUUUAUUAACAGUGCAGCAAUAUCUAUAAUGACUGAGAAGAUCUGCCAAAAGAAUAAAGCCUCCUACCCCACCUUCUGGUCCCUUUUCCCUGCCAUCUCAAAGAGAAGCAGUGUGUCUUCCGGAGAAGAUCUUGCCUGUGGUUUAUUAUAUAAGUGAUUGGCUAUAGGCAGAGCGUUACAGUCGUGUUGGGUGAGACAGUGUUAGCAGAUUUGUAGAGAGUUUGUCUCCUCCUUCCCCUGUCCCUGUACUUUGUAAUGUCAGUGUUUAUAUGAAUAUGAACUUGAUUUGCUUUUCCAGAAUAAAGAAGUUAUUAAUCGAAGACACAGGGUGCAUAGCUGAGAGCCUUGGAAAGGCCCGAGUCAGGCCCAGCAAGGCUGGGAGUGCUGCAGUCAGCAGGUGGCAGCACAGGCAGCGAUUCAUACAUUAGAGAACCAUCAGGCAUUUUCCACGGUUAUACUCCCAAGGAACAAACCAGCAGUAGGAGUUUGAGCAGUUUCCCUGCCAUCAGACAGGGUGAACUCUGCUAAGGCCCAAAAUAAAUAACCAUUCUAGUUUUGAUAAUGUUAGUGUCGUUUCCCCCCACCACCACCCCCUUUUUUUUUUGGUGUUUUAAGGCAGGCUCUCGGGUAGCCCAGGCUGACUUCAAACUUGAUGUAUUGCUGAGGCUAUCCUUGCCCUGACCCUCCUGCCUCCAACUCUGUGUGCUGAGACUACAGAUGUACAGCACCACAUCUGGCUUCUUAGAGCUCCUUUGGACAUCUUCUGGAAUGCCAUAGAAGAUUAUAUUCAUCCUUGGCCCUGAGGAAGGAUGUGAAUAGCUUUGGGGAAAGUCCUGCUACUAGGAUCCUGUCAUCAGAGGAAAGCAGGCCCUGUCUAACUGCAGAAUGUCCUUCCAAGGCAUCUUCUUGACCCACACCCAGCACAGUCCUUGUGGAUUGUGAGGACUGUGGGCUUCGGGAGGGUGGCUGCUCCACCUAGGGGUCACAACACAAGCACACCUACCUUUGGUCCCUGCUUUGGUCAUCAUCCUGAGUCUUGCUCCAAGAUGGGACACAGUUGGUAGACCAAGUCUUGGUUGAGGAGUUCAAAGGUCAUGUGGAUGUCGCUGUUUUCUUGGCUGAGGUUUCAGACUGAAGAGCCUACAAAAGGACAGCCACCUUCUUCACUGGUCACACCUGACACUGAGCUCGCUCCUCGGUCUGGCCUAGCACCAAGAUGAGGAUGUUGGAGGGUCUUAACUUUCUCCAGAAGCUGCUGCCACUGGAAGAUGCUCUCAAAGGAUCUUCUGUUGGUGACAUCAGAUGGCAGAAGGCCCCACUGAGUCCUGAUAGGACAAGUCACUGACUGCAGCAGCCAAGAAGGAAUCUGCAAUGACUCUUGAGUCCUCUGUUGAGGACAGAAAGGGACAAGGAAAUCGGGGAACUACAAUGGACAGAAGUGUACUCAAAAGAUGUCAGUUCUUGGUCAGCUGUGUGACAGGUAGGUGGCUGUCUCAGUGUUAAUACCCUGCCAACACACUGAGGAGCUGUUCAGGUAUCUGUAAGCUGUGCCCACACCUCUACUAGGCAAGAGCCAGAAUAAUGAAUUAAAACAACCCAGGGUGUACUGCCAUCAGAGAAAAAGGCAAAUGUGGCAAAGACGAGAGUCACAGGGAUGGAGGAGGAAGAGAGUGAAUGGGAUGGCACAGUUUCCCGUAGGUCUCAGCAGUGAGUGGUCCUUGUCCAGAAGUAACAGGAGCCACUGAAGCAUUUUAUACAUUAACGGGAUGUGCAAAGGCCCAGUGGUCAACAGAAGGCAGCAAUCCUGGAGCUAGGGAUGUAGGUCAGUGGUAGAGCCCAUGCGGAGUGUAAACAAGGUCCUGCUUUUAGUCCCAGCAAUGAAAACAUUCAAAGAGUGCAUCAAGAUGGGACUCACACAAGGUGCAAGAUUAGAAGAAGAGAGUGCCUACAGAUGGAAGGAAGGGAGCAUUGGGGAGGCAGCCCUCGGACAGUGGCGUGGCCUCAUCCUGGCAUCGCAGCACUUGAUUCGGUGAUUGCUUGAGUCCUUGGUUCAGUGAGCUGUGUUGGCAGCAGGCUGUUCUUGGCUUCCCACCCCAUUCGCUUGAGCAAUGUCUUUCUCAACUGUUAAGACAUGAAAAAGAUCGCAGUAGACAAGAUGAUGCGGCCUGCUCUGCCGCUGCCGCUGCGGCAGUGUGAAAAGGGUUGUACUGGAGAGCAUUGUGGAGCAUACAUAGUCUUCUAGGUGUAGCAUGCAUGUUACCAUCUGGUCAUGUGUAUGUGUGUGUGCUCACACAUGCAAGUUCAUUUGUGUAUGUGGAGGCCAAAGAAAUACCUCAGGUGUCCUCCUCAGGAGUGUCAUCUCCCUAAUUUGAAACUGAGUCUCUCCAUGGACUCAAACCUACCACUUAGACUAGACUGGCCCCACCUUCCCAGCACUGGGAUUGUCCCCGUGUGCCACCACGUCCAGCAUUUUUAUCUAGGUUCUGGACGUCAAACUCAGGUCCUCAUGCUUUGAAGAGAAGCACCUAACUAUCUCCCCAGUCCUGGUUACUAUCUUGUUUGUAUAGUAGCUGUUGUUUGUUGUCCUCUUGAAGAAAAAAGGUUUAUUGACUACACUGCAAGGAGCAGCAGGCUGGGCAGUAACUAAAUACCACCAGCCUUUGGUGUGUGGCUAAGGAUCCAGCUGCCUCCACGGCCAAGCGCUAGGAUUACAGGUGUACGCCAUCAGCCUUGCAGGCUGUCACCAUCACCGUCAGAGCAGCUGUGACUGCCUGCAGGUGUCCCUCUCAAGAUCUGAUAGUGUUCCCUCACAGAAGGGAGGAGUGAGGAGGGCCAGCGGACCCUCAUCCAGGGUUCUGCCCUGCUUCCUAACAAGCUGCAUGUAAUUCUACCCCAGCUACGUGUCUGGGGAAUACAGAGUGCGGAAGACGCACUGAAGGGGAAACUCCAUCUCUGCUGCUUCAGGAGGGUAUCACCUUGUUGGGACGGGACUUUUCAGUGAUGCAGCUGUUUGCCGGGGGCAGGGGGAGGGUCACCCACGUUCCUGUAAGUAAGCCCAAUAAACUCUGGUUCACCAAGAUAGA